AUAAUUUGUAGGUUAGGGGUUCUUAAAUAGUAGGUGCAUGUGUGCCUCCCUCUUCUGAGUGACUGACUCACUGCACAUAUUUUUGCCACCCUAUCUCUUCUCUGGCUGAGCGGCUCAGCUCAUUGCGACACACCUCUCCCUCUCCUUCUCCUUCAUUUCUUAUCCUUCCAAUAUAUUGACCACAAAUAUUUCAUCUCUCAUUCAAAGGGAAAAGAAAAAAGAUGGCCAAAUCCACAAGACCUAAAUUACUCUUACCAUUCUUCAUAAUAUUAGUCUUUGCAGCCUAUGUUGUACAAGGGUCGAGAACUCAAGUAGCAGAACUUCCACACGGUCAAAGGGUCAACGAUUUCUCUACAUCACAAGGAGAACAACUUAAGCAGAGAAGCAAGGAAAGGAUGAACUAUGUAAGGAGAUUGAUGAUCGGAUCGACAGCACCAACAUGCACAUACAAUGAAUGCAGAGGGUGCAAGUACAAGUGCAGAGCUGAGCAAGUCCCUGUGGAGGGCAAUGACCCCAUCAAUAGUGCAUACCACUACAGAUGUGUUUGUCAUGGGUAAAAUAUUUCUUCACAUUUGGGAGUCUGAGAGAUGAGUAGGGACUUUGUUUCAAUUUAAGAUUCAACCAUGUAUCAGAAUCUAAAAUUCCAAAUCUUUUUGAGGAAAAAUGGUCCCAUUUUUGCUGGUGUAGCAGAAUUAAGUUUAACGGGGUUGUCCUAAAUUGACUGUUGUAAUCUGCUCUGGAGUUUUGAAAAAAGGACAGCGCAUCAAUUUUUGGCUUACCAAGUCAUAUA